UUAUAAAAGACGCCAUUUUGUUUCUCUCUCGACCGCGUUGUCGGCUUUCGCAUGAUCGGUUUUGUUUUUAACCGCGAUCUAAAAUUAGAAUAAUUAUUGUGCUUAUUUAAUAAUAGUAAACGAUUGUUAUUUCUUUUGUUUUGUGCAACAUGUCGGAUCGAGAGAGGAGCCGCUCUAGGACCCGCAACGGGUCUAGGGAGCCAGUACCAAAGCCUCCAACCAUGUCUCGGGGACACACCAGAAGCCGGUCGAGAACACCGCCGCCGCCAAAAGCAUCAAGCCGGAAGUAUAGGAGCCCCACUCGUUCCCGUUCUGUGUCCCCGCGGCGCUACCGCUCGGCGCGCUACUCGCGCUCGCGCUCGCGCUCGUACACGCCGCGCGGCCGCUCGCACUCGCACAGCCCCAUGUCGUCGCGAAGGCGGCACACAGGCGACAGGGUGAGUGGUGAGAACCCAACGCCAUCCCGAUGCCUCGGUGUUUUCGGACUGAGUCUGUACACUACGGAACAGCAAAUUCAUCACAUUUUUUCCAAAUAUGGACAAGUUGACAAAGUACAAGUUGUUAUUGACGCAAAGACCGGUCGCUCGCGCGGUUUCUGCUUUGUAUACUUCGAGUCGCAAGAAAACGCAAAAGUUGCGAAGAACGAGUGCACCGGCAUGGAGAUUGACGGCAGGCGGAUCAGGGUGGACUUCUCGAUCACACAGAGAGCGCACACGCCAACACCCGGCAUUUAUAUGGGGAAACCUACACAUCUUGGACGAGGUGACAAUGGAUAUGACAGACGCGGGCGCGACAGAGACGACUACUACUACCGCGGCGGCGGCGGCUACCGGGAGCGCGACUACUACGCGCGCGGCUACCGGCACCGCUCGCCCUCGCCGCACUACCGCCGCUCGCGCCGCUACGAGCGGGAGCGCUCCUACUCGCCGCGUCGGUAUUAGUCUCGCGACGGUGACGUCACUUCAGACAUUUUUUAUACACCACCACUUCCCAAAUGUAGCCGGAUAUGCAUUUAUAGAGAAAUGUCGCGAACGGCUAAACAGUCAUAGUUGUAACUCGCGAGAUAAGGGUCUAGAUGUAAGGUAGCCACUAGAUGUAACGCAAACGUUAGAUGAUAAUAAAAGAUUUACAACUAAGUCUAAUAUUGAUUUUGUUUGUUUGAAAAGGUAUUGAAACAAGAAGUAAAGGAUGAAGUUCCUUGAAAAACUAACUGUGUUGAAGUUUUGAAUUUUGCAAAUCUAUAUUGGUCGCCGAAAGAAGGGGCCGCCGGCUUGAGAACCGAAGUUUCGCGAACUUGUAAAGAAUAUGAUCGGUCUGUGCAAGCUCCGAUACCAAGAAGAUCCGCCAUCAGAUCAUAUUCUUUCAACAAAUUGUUCCAAUACAAAUUAACCACACCCUACACAGAUAUUUUUUGAGUGACUCGUACGUAUUUCUAUUCGAUUCCGUAGAAUUUGUAUUUUAUAUAUAUAUAAUUAUUAUUAUUUAGUUUGAUGAUAUCGUAUUUUAGUGUAGACUUGUGUUGUGAACGAGUUGUUAAUAAAUAAUGAUUUUUUUAAAUAA